CGUCAUCCUGAGCGACCGCCACAGCACCACCGCUUCCGACAACUACGGGUCCUCUGCGGCCGCCGCCUUUGCGUCCCUCUCGCACUCCUGUGGCAGCAACGCGGUGGCCCCUCGGGAGGCCCUGCGAGGGCCCGGGCAGGGGGAUGGCAGAGCCGGGCGGGGUGUCUUCCGGCACGGGUGGAGCCGGCGGGAGUUCCGGGGGGUCUGCGGUUAAGGACCCUGCCUCGCUGCCCCCCGGCGACGCUCAGCUGAUCGCACUGAUAGUUGGGCAGCUCAAGAGCCGCGGCCUCUUCGACGCCUUUCGCAGGGACUGCUUGGCCGAUGUCGACACCAAGCCAGCCUAUCAGAAUUUGAGACAGAAAGUGGACAAUUUUGUAUCUACUCAUCUGGAUAAGCAGGAAUGGAAUCCAACCAUGAACAAAAACCAGUUGCGGAAUGGUCUGAGGCAGAGUGUAACUCAGUCAGGGAUGCUGGAAGCUGGAGUGGACAGAAUUAUUUCUCAGGUGGUAGAUCCAAAACUAAACCACAUCUUCAGGCCACAAAUAGAGAAGGCAAUUCAUGAGUUCCUGGCUGCACAGAAGAAAGAAGAAUCGGUGCCAGCUCCUCCCCCAGAGCCUGAGAAUCAGGAUCCUCCUGCUCCAUCGCAAGAUGCCUCAUAAGUGCAUUUCCGGUAUUUCUUGGCUGCGAUUGCAAAACCCAGGCUGAAUCUGAUUGGCAGUGUGGUAUAUACCUGCCUGUUGCAGGACUGCAGCUUGUUUGCUAAUAUCAACCAUGACUUGGGGGAAGGAUUGGCAGAAGUCACAUGUGGUUUCUACAUGGUUUGGAAGGAUAGACUAAAUGUGGAAGUAUUGAUCUGGGCAGAAGUAGCAUCUGUCUUUGCUAAUUAUGUGUUGGGUGUUUGCCUCUCUUGAAGGAACCACUAGGGGGGAGAGGGUUCUGGUGUGAUAUUGGUGAAACUGGUGGUAGGAGUAUAGCGGUAGGAAGAAGGGCAUUUUGGGGUGCUUGGUAUCCUGGGAGGCUGCUGUCUGCUAGAAAGCCUUCUGGGAAGGGGUCUGGAUAAAAGACCAUUCAGCAUACAAGCAUGAGGCUGAUCACUUCUCAGCAAAAGAUCAUUGAGCACUAUGUGGUAGGUCAACUUUAUUAAUUCACAGUGCCUGUCCAUGUUUGUUACAACUGGAAGUAGUAUUCAUUGCUGGUUUUCUAGGAAUACUCAGAUACAAGUUUUGCAGAUUUCUGAGAAUGGGGUCUGACUUACGUCACAGCCCAACUGAUUUCCCAGACUCAUUAGGGAAGUCUGACAAAGUGGGUGUGGUACAAGAGGUUUUUCUGUAGGCCUUACAACCAAGGGAAGUUCUCUUGACCAUGAGAUUCUUCAGGUGCCUGUUAGACUCUGCUUAGAGAGUCACACAAGCUCUCAAGUUGACACUUGUGUUCAAGUAUUUGGUUAGCAAAAAUCCAGAACUUUUAUAAUAAAAUGUUUGAAAGAC